GCGUCGUCGGAUUGGGUUCGUGCCGAGUUUUGAUCUAUAAAAACUGAAUGUCGUCAAUCAGUUAAUUUUUUGGAUCCAUUCGUGAAAGCAUUAGAAGUAAAGUUAAAUCCAGGCAAAAAAAGAACGAGUAACGCAAGGAAGGAAUAUAGGCCAGUCGUAAUAAAGCUGCUAUCGGCGAAAUGGAUUAUGAAACACGACAAUUUGUCAAGCGAAAGAAACUUCAGCCAGUCGAAAGAAAGUCGUCGUUGUAUAUGAAAGUAGUAAACUUUGGCGAAUUUGAUUGGAACGAAAAAAUUGAUUCGGAAAAAAUUAGUUUCCUUGAUGGUGAUGAUGUCUGGUGGCUGUCACUUAAAAAAAUGAAGCAGAAGGAUCUAUCGUACAUUAACAUACAGUAUUUCAUCGAGACGAGUGACUACAUUUGGCAGUCGGGAAUGGGGUCCUUGUCCAUUUCAGGAAACAUUAAUGAAGUCAGAAUUUGUAAAAAUCAGUGUAAAAUCGAUCAAAUCACUGGAAAAUUAACCGAAAUCAACGAUGAUUUCAUUAUGAAAUUGGCAAAUGUUGUGGAGAUAAAAUUGACAGUAACGAUUUCACAAUCAAACAUUCCGUCCCAUCAACUUCCGAUUCACAAGUUAAUCGAUUCCACUGUCCAAUAUAAGAAAAUACUUUGCAACAACAAAAAACUUCUAAACGAUCCGAAAUACUCCGAUUUUACGUUCGUAGUUCAAGAUGAAAAAUACAAAGUUCACAAGAACAUUCUCGCUUCGGCCAGUCCAGUUUUCGACAAGUUAUUUACAUCGAAAUUCCGGGAAAAUGAAACUAACGAAUGUUGUGUCGAAGCUAUUGAGCCGACCAUUUUCCAGUAUCUACUAAACUUCAUAUACAGUGGUGAAUUACCGGAACAGCUAAAUGGAGUAUCACGAGCCCUUUUCGAAGCAGCACAUUAUUAUCAGAUCAACGAGCUCGCAGACAUUUGCCUUUCUGUGGAAUGUUAUCACUUAUCCAAGGAUAAUGCAGUAGUUGUGUACGAGUGGGCGGACAAGAUGAAUUUGGAAAAUGUUAAGAAGAGCGCUUGGCCUAUUAUCCAAUUCGAAAUAUUGGACAUUUGUGAAGAAAUCCCACCUCCACCAUUCCAAUCCGUAGAGUCGAUGAUUAAAAACAAGAUUGAAAAUGAUGAGUUGCUGAAGCAGUAUCGGCUGAAGGUCAGCGAAUUGAAAAAUGUGACGAAGGAUCUGUUCAAGUAAAAUUGUUACGGGUCAAUAUUUCAACCGAUUGAAGGAAGCGUUGAUGUUGUUGGGAUCAAGGUAGAGCUGACUUUCGCAUACCAUUUCAGUAUUUAGUCCCAUGUCUUUGUCAUCUUUGUGUAAGAACUUAUUGUCCAACCAAUUUUAACUAUUUCGAUUAAAAUCAUAUGAACAAGGAAGCUAA